AGGUUGGCCGGUGCGCCCACGGGGGGAGCGUCCAUCAUGCCGCUGCAGUUCACGGAUGAGGAGUUCCAGAGUGCGUGGAAGGAGCUGGACGAGCCGCAGCUGGAGGGAGGAUGGGAGCUUUUCGUGGAGACGACGGAAGUCAAAAUCUACCGGCUCUAUGACAAGGAAACUGGACUUUAUGAGUACAAAGUCUAUGGUGUGCUCACCACCUGCACUCCAGAGCUGUGUGCAGAUGUCUACAUGGACUUGAAUUAUCGAAAAAACUGGGAUGGAUAUGUGAAAGAGCUGUACGAGAAAGACUUUGAUGGACAGUCAGCCAUCUACUGGGAGGUGAAAUACCCGUUCCCUCUGUCAAACAGAGACUAUGUUUAUGUGAGGGAGCGAAGAGACCUGGAUGUGAAUGGCAGGAAGAUCUGGGUGAUCCUUGCCAGAAGCUCCCCGGAGACGCCGUGUGCAGAAAAGGGCGGCGUGCUGCGGGUCAAAGACUACAACCAGAGUGUCGCCCUGGAGAGCGAUGGAGCCGGCGGAACUAAACUUUUCAUGAAUUACUUCGACAAUCCUGGCGGAAAUAUUCCGACCUGGCUGGUGAACUGGGCAGCAAAGAAAGGGGUUCCAGGUUUCAUAACAGACAUGAAGAAGGCCUGCAGAGACUACAACAGCUACUGCCAGAAGAAAUGAGUGCAGCUGAUGGGAAAGUGGCUCAUGCUAGAGGGCUUUGGUUGGUUUUUACUUUGGUUUUAGUUCUGGGAAUCUUUUUUUUUUAAUUGUAUAAUUAAAUUGAAAUUGCAUCUACGGGAUGAAUGUGGCUUUCUGUGGGCUGCUACUUGUUUCUGUAGCAUGCUGCUGACUCAGGCAUGACGUGCAUGGCCGGCCACACUGAUUAAAUGACUGGAGUGAAUCAAUUCAGCUCCAUUGUGCUGUGUUAGUCAAUACUGUAUUGUCUUGUUUGUGCAAUCUCCAUAUGUUCCAGUCCCUUCAGGAUUAAGGAGCUGCCAUGGGAUAUUUUUUUAAUUAAAUGUUUGUAUAGAGUUAAAAACUCAUUUACAGUAAAUAUGACAGAUGCAUUAUGUAUUUGGAUUUGUUGUAGGUUUGAACACACUGGAAUCUCUUAAUUUUCUAUUUCAAACCACUGCAGUCACGUAGUUUAGUGAAAAUGAAAACACUUCUAAAGGUUUCAGGGGUUCAUUUUUGGGCUGGUGGAUUUUAAUCAUGGAUACAAUAUUUUCUCAGAUAUUGUAUAGAUUCAGUACCUCAGUGUUCUGUGGAUGCAGGUGAAUGUGGUUUUAUCUGGUCAUAAAAAGCCUAUUACUGUGUAAUAUUGCUGUUAUUGAUGGAAAUAAACUUUGAUUUCAAAUUGUAA